AUGGACCAACCCCCUUUGAAUUGGUAUAAGCUUAACUUAGAUGAGUCAUCUCUUGGCAAUCCUAGUUUGGCAGGAGUUGGAGGUUUGAUUCGGAAUGACAAGGGAGAAUGGAUCAAAGGCUAUGAUAGAGCUAUUGGGCUUACCACUAGUGUUGCAGCGGAGCAGUGGGCUUUAGGGGACGGAAUCAAACUAUGCAUAUCUCUAAAAAUCCCUGCUGUGAUCACUGAUUUGGAUGUCCAGUUAGUUGUGGACCUCCUGGAAAAGAAUGAUGGCCACCCAAAUGGUAUUGGUGCCUUGGUUAGUGAUUGUAAGGCUGGCCUAAGGGAGAUUCCUAUGCUUCAAAUCUAG